AUGGCUGCGUAUGGGGAUUGCGUGGGAGGAAGUAGGGAAACUGAUAGGAUCGAGGAAGAUGAAGGGAGCGAAAAUGAUAAUGGGAGUGAGGGGAAUGGAGUGGGUGGCCAAGUGGGUAGUGGGGGGGUAGUAGGAAGGCGAAGGAGACGGGCAGUGAGUGAUGUUGAGGGCAGUGGGAGAAAGCGACACAAGCAGGAUGAGGCAGGAGGCGGAGAGCAUGCACGAGGCAGAGAGCAGGAAUGUGGGCCAUUAGACCUGGCAGCUUCGCCGGUGUUGAAAUACAGUGCGAGAGAGGGGCGUGGGGAAAACGAUGGCAGGGGGGUUCAGCGAGACUGGCUAGUGGAGCGGCGAGACCAAGAAGACGCUGGUGGGUCGAGCAGGCAUGAGGGGAACACGCAUUUGGGAUUGGCGGAUGAAGAGGGUAAAAUGCGAGCAAGCGAGGAAGACCGGAGCCUCUUGCUCACUGCAGCAGGACUCUCUCUUUGCCUUGGGGAUUCCACCGGAAAGCGCUUUGGUGGUGGCGGUGAUGGUGUUGGCGCUGCGGAUGUUUCCACAGCAAUAUGUGUCGGCAUAAGCGCGGGAGGAGAAACUAUGGGGUGUGGUCGUGAUGGUAUAGGCGAUGCUGCUGCCAUGGGUACUGCUGGUUGUGCCGUUGCUGCUUCUGAUGCUACUACCUUUCAUGCAAAGGCUGUGAGCGGCAUAACUGAGAAAGGAGGAGAGGUGGCAGCAAAGAGCAGGAUGGGCGUGUCAGGAGGAAGCACAUGCGGUGUGGGGGAAGUUCAGCUUGACGUGGGAAGGAUUUGGAGCAGAGGAGCAAGGGAAGGACAGGGGGAAGGGCACAAUGAAGGGGCGGCUUUGCUGGAUGGCAGUAGAGGAGUAAAGGAGAGUGGACGGGUGGAGCAACAAGGGGACGAUGCUCCCUGUGCUGGUGGAGAAGCGGCUGCAGCCGCUGGCUUUUCCGGUGCUGGUGCUGGCGCGUCCGGUGCUGCUGGUGGUGGUGGUGCUGGUGAUGGUGCUGCUGAUUCUGGUCUCGGAAGAAUAGGGGAGGUGGGCAGUGGGUCCGGUUUAGGGUGGCAACAAAGGAUGGUAAACCGGGUCCUGGUAUCAACGAGUAAUGGUCGUGCCGACCGUGCGAAUAGAGAAGGAGACCUCUCACAGCGGAGCAAGAGUAGGGAGGCAACAGAAAGGAAAAAUAUUUGGCUUUCUGUGGCACGGGAGGGCACAUUUGGGGGAGGUGGAUCUGCUGCAAACAGCCACGGGAAAGAAAGGGCGGUACGUGCAUCAUCAGAAAACCGAAGGUUGAGAGACAGCAGAGGAGUAGCAGAGGCAGGUACAAGUGGGGCAGGCUUAAGUGAGGCAGCGCACUCUGAUGGAAGAAGCCAUGAGAGGGAGAGGGCCCAGCAGGUGUUGGCAGAGAGCCAAACUGCGAGACGAGUAGAGAGUAGCGGAGGAGGGGAGCUCAAGGACGGCAGGAGAUCGAGAAGUGGUAAAAGCAGUGGACGGAGCGAGGAGCAGCAGAGUGAGAUGGGCACUAGCUGUGAAUCUGGGAGGGAGAGAGGGAGUGAAGAAGAUGGAGGAAGCAGAGGGGAAGGGGGGGGUGGAGAGGCGAGAGGGCGUGGAGGAGAGAGGGGGAGCGGCAAGGAGAGGGGGAGUGAAGGGGAUAAGGGAAGCGGCGGGGAGAAGGAGAGUGGAAACAGUGGAGGAGGGGCGAGAGGUGCAGCUGCAGCUCGGAAGCACAGGAGGACAUGUUUCCAUUCCAUGUGCCUUUCCAUCCUCUCAUUUCCAUUAUUCUCUCAAUCUCUCGAUCCCAUCCACGCUCCACUCGCUUCCUCCCUCACGGCAGUGGCCACACCGAAGCAGAUCAACGCGCUGAUGAAGGUGGACGGGCUCACCAACGAUGAGAUCAAGAGCCACCUGCAGGUGAGGAUGCUGGCAGGUGAGGAUGCUGGCAGAAAUACCGACUGCAGUCCCAUCGCCCCACCUCAGAGCCCCCCUGGCCCUCCACCCCCCACUGUGCCUCCCCCUCGGUCUGCUCCUCACCCUUCUCUUCCGCUGCUGCUAACACCCUCCCCCUUAAUUCCCUUCCCCCAUCCACCUCUUCCUCUCACUACGUCAGUCACGCCCAACCUCGGAAUCUAG